AUGGCCUCGUGGCCAUUGAUUCGGCUAUCAGUCGAGCAGGACCCGCGCGCCCACGGCGGCAACGAGGACGGACAGUCUGUGACAUGCCAAAAUGGGUCGGCUGUAAUGCGCAUGGCCACCCAUUUCCGUUCGUUCUACUGCGUAGGUGGGAUGGGUGCAAAUAGUUCCACCCGAUCGUGGACCGAGGGACCGAAAAUAAUCAAACAACCCCUAGGCAAAGGACCAGAAGCGGCGUGGCCGUCCAGGAAGUCGGGAAGCAAAAAUGCGCGUCCAGCAGAGGUGCAGCGCAGCAGUGCCGGAUUCCCAUGA